GUAGGGUCCUGCCGGGCUCUGAUUGUCCACGGCUCCUCCUCCUGUCCCUACGGGCGUGAUUCCUGGGACUCAGGUAUUUUCUUUUUGCUGUUCUACAGCGACUCAGGCUUUGGCAGAGUUUUUCCCGAAUGCCGGCUGGUGCUAGACUCAGAGAUGGACCACACAUCCCCGACCUACAUGUUUGCUAACUUAACCCACUUACAUUCUGAACAACUUCUGCAGGGCUUGAAUCUUCUUCGUCAGCAUCACGAACUCUGUGACAUCAUUCUUCGAGUAGGGGAUGUUAAAAUUCAUGCUCACAAAGUGGUACUUGCCAGCAUCAGCCCAUAUUUUAAAGCUAUGUUCACUGGAAACCUUUCUGAAAAGGAGAACAGUGAGGUUGAGUUUCAGUGUAUUGAUGAAACUGCUCUCCAGGCCAUUGUGGAAUAUGCCUAUACAGGGACUGUUUUCAUUUCUCAGGACACAGUUGAAUCUCUUCUUCCAGCAGCAAACCUACUCCAAAUAAAACUUGUUCUGAAAGAAUGUUGUGCAUUUCUUGAAAGCCAACUUGAUCCUGGUAACUGUAUUGGAAUUUCUCGUUUUGCAGAGACGUAUGGUUGUCAUGACCUUUAUUUGGCAGCCACUAAGUAUAUUUGCCAGAAUUUUGAAGCUGUUUGCCAGACUGAAGAGUUUUUUGAGCUUACACAUGCUGAUUUGGAUGAAAUUGUUUCCAAUGACUGUUUGAAUGUAGCUACUGAAGAGACUGUUUUUUAUGCAUUAGAGUCUUGGAUCAAGUACGAUGUACAAGAACGCCAGAAAUACUUAGCACAGCUAUUAAACAGUGUACGAUUGCCAUUGCUGAGUGUUAAAUUUCUCACAAGACUGUAUGAAGCAAAUCAUCUCAUUCGUGAUGAUCGCACUUGUAAACAUCUUUUGAAUGAAGCCCUAAAGUACCACUUUAUGCCUGAACAUAGACUCUCUCAUCAGACAGUCUUGAUGACACGACCUCGCUGUGCUCCCAAAGUACUUUGUGCAGUAGGAGGAAAAUCUGGACUCUUUGCCUGUUUGGAUAGUGUGGAGAUGUACUUUCCUCAAAAUGACUCUUGGAUUGGCUUGGCACCAUUAAACAUUCCUCGCUAUGAAUUUGGAAUAUGUGUUUUAGACCAAAAGGUAUAUGUUAUAGGUGGUAUUGAAACUAAUGUGCGUCCUGGUGUCACUAUCAGAAAACAUGAAAAUUCGGUAGAGUGCUGGAAUCCUGAUACAAAUACCUGGACUUCUCUAGAGAGAAUGAACGAGAGCCGAAGUACCCUUGGAGUAGUAGUACUUGCAGGAGAACUUUAUGCUUUAGGUGGUUAUGAUGGACAAUCUUAUUUACAAUCUGUAGAGAAGUAUAUUCCCAAAAUAAGAAAAUGGCAACCUGUGGCACCAAUGACUACAACAAGAAGUUGUUUUGCUGCAGCUGUAUUGGAUGGAAUGAUAUAUGCCAUUGGUGGGUAUGGUCCUGCCCACAUGAACAGUGUGGAGCGUUAUGAUCCAAGUAAGGACUCCUGGGAGAUGGUUGCCUCCAUGGCAGAUAAAAGGAUUCACUUUGGCGUGGGUGUCAUGCUAGGCUUUAUUUUUGUGGUGGGUGGACAUAAUGGUGUCUCACAUUUGUCAAGCAUUGAAAGAUAUGACCCUCAUCAGAAUCAGUGGACAGUGUGUAGACCAAUGAAAGAACCCAGAACAGGAGUUGGUGCUGCAGUAAUCGAUAACUACCUUUAUGUAGUUGGUGGUCACUCAGGGUCUUCCUAUCUGAAUGCAGUGCAGAAAUAUGACCCUAUCUCAGAUACAUGGCUGGAUUCAGCUGGCAUGAUAUAUUGUCGCUGUAACUUUGGAUUAACUGCACUUUGA